GUUUUGUUUUUCCCGUUCAAUCCGUCUCCGUCCGGGUAUAGGUUUUCCUCCGCUGAGAGGAAUGCCGUUGCUUCUUUGAAACAACCCCACCCUCCCCCUCCUCCCAAUUCGGAGUCUUGCUUGAAGGCCGACCCUUUACGCUUCCGCGAGCAGGAGGCUGGCAAGCAAACUUCUAGUUUGGGGUUUCUUUUUCACGAAAUCUGCCCGAUUUAUUGUUUUUCCCCCUUUUUGGGGUGGGAAUUGGUGUCUUGUUUUUUGGGUUCUUGAUCGAGGGAUUUUGAUGUUUGUUCGAUUUAUGUGCGGAUGACGUAUCGGGCACAAUCCGUGGAUGAUAUCGUGGUUUCGGGAGAGAAGGUCGUAAUGGGGGACGGAAAUGGGGACUAUGUGAGGUUGGAUGAUUCGGAGGCGGGGAGGUUUCUCGGGGUCCAGGAGCAAUGCCCCCCGAGGAAGUGCUGUUCUCUCUGGUGGUGGGCGAAGGUGGUUCUCUUGUGUCUGUGCUUGUUGGCAGGCGCGGCGGCUCUUAUUCUCUGCGCUGGCCCCGUUAUCAUUAAAAAGGUGGUUAUACCAAUUUUGGACUGGGAAAUGACAACUUUUAGCAGACCGGUUCUUGGACUGUUGCUUUUUAUUUCUAUUGCAUUAUUUCCUGCCCUAUUGUUGCCCUCUGCUCCUUCUAUGUGGAUAGCUGGGAUGACAUUUGGCUAUGGUUAUGGUUUUCUGUUAAUUAUGGCAGGGAUAACCAUAGGCAUGUCAUUGCCAUUUUUCAUUGGUUCUCACUUUCGUCAUAGAAUACAUAGGUGGUUGGAGAAUUGGCCCAAGAAAGCAGCUAUUGUAAGAUUAGCUGGUGAAGGAGAUUGGUUUCAUCAAUUUAGAGCUGUCACAUUAUUAAGGAUUUCUCCAUUUCCGUAUCUUAUUUUUAAUUAUGCGGCUGUGGCAACAAAUGUGAAGUAUGGUCCAUACAUAUGUGGUUCGUGGGUAGGAACAGUGCAUGAGAUAUUUCUUACAAUUUACAGUGGGAGACUGCUCCAGGCCUUGGCAGAUGCAACCAGCAGAGGUGGUUUCCUUUCAAUGGAGCAGAUCAUUUAUGAUGCUCUUGGCUUCAUUGCUGCCGUAGCUGCCACUGCAGCCAUCACGGUUUAUGCCAAGAGAACUCUUCAAACCCUCCAAGCUGAGGAUGAGCUCAGGUAACCCCAGGCAAUUCAUCAAAUUAUGCAUAGACCACAGAAGUUUAUGUUUGUGGUUGAGCAUUAAGGGAGCACUCUCUGCUGCUUUCUUGUUUGCCCAAAUACGCUAAUGGGCAUUCUGCUUAGCUGAACAAUUACUUGCGUGCACUACCUUCACUUAAGAGUUAGAUGGAAGGGGAGUCUGAUAUUGCUUUAUAAAGCUUCACAAUAAGUAGCAGAUGAGAAAAAGAAAGCUGUGUCUAUAUUUAUUUUUGUUUUUCAGAUAGGGAAGAAAAUGUGCAAGUUAUACAUCUCUUUCUUUUUUACCCUUUCCACCCUUUUCUGAACAAAAGGUUAUGGAUUGUAUCUACCUAAUCAUUGCUUGUAAAUGCUAAUCAUCUCAAGUUGUCAAGUUGUUAACAUGACAUUUAUUACACUAUUGAUCCAAAAUGUAGUGGCUGUUUUCCAA